AUGGAUUUUGAGACUCCAGUUCCAAAUUUGGUCAGGGGUGACAUUGUACGCGUAGUUGCUGGAGACAUUGUACCAGCUGAUAUACGUGUAAUCGAAAGCAAAGGUUUCAAAGUUGAUAACUCUUCCAUAACCGGAGAAAGUAUAGCUGUAAGUCGGUGUAAUACAGAAGGAACUUGGAACAUACUUGAAUCACCAAACGUUGCCUUCUUUUCCACUCAGUGUGUAGAAGGAUGGGCCAUGGAAGUUACAGGUGUGGUAAUGUGUUGCGGAGACGUGACAGCAUUGGGCCGCGUGGCCGGGUUAGCUGCGCGACUAGAGCCGGGGCCUUCGCCCCUGGCAUGCGAGUUGCACAGAUUCAUGAGAUACAUGUCUUUCUGGGCCUUAGGACUUGGCAUAUUUAUAGCUGUUGCAUCUCUGGUACUCGGAUACCCAUUCAUGCAAACCACCAUUUUUGUAAUCGGAAUUAUUGUGGCUAACAUCCCUGAAGGAUUGCAACCGACCGUGACUGCAGCAUUGACAAUAACUGCCCAGCAUUUGAUGAAAAAGAAUUGUCUUGUGAAGAAUUUACAAGCUGUGGAAGCUUUGGGCGCAUGCACUACCAUUUGUUCGGAUAAGACGGGCACCCUCACGGAAAAUAAAAUGAAUGUGCAACACAUAUGGGUUUCUAAUAAGACGAUUUUAGUAAAGGAAUUUGAUUUCACAGCGGCUUUGCAAAAUAAUCGAGCAUUUGCCGCACUAAAAGUAUGCGGUUCCCUGUGCAGCACAGCGAGCAUCGAGACUGACGGUAGAAUUCGUGGUGACGCAUCCGAGACUGCUAUCUUAAACUUUAUCUUCAAAGUUGACGAUCCAAUGUCCAACAGGACGAAAUAUCCUAAAGUAGCUGAAAUACCUUUCAAUUCCGUAAAUAAAUACCAAGUCAGUGUGCACCUGGAUAGUGCGGCAUCGCAAUUUAUUGUCGUGAUGAAAGGAGCACCGGAGUGUUUGUUUGAACGCUGUGCCACUAUCGCGAUGGGCGGCCGAGAUGAACCCAUGACGAAGGACAUGAAAUCACUAGCUGAACAUGCGAGUGAGGGUUUAGCCGACACCGGUGAGAGAGUUCUUGCAUUUGCUGAUUUGACACUGGAUCCAAAAAAGUACCCUUUGAAUUACGAAUUCGAUGCUGACAACAUCAAUUUUCCAAUAGAAAACUUACGGCUCCUCGGUGUAAUGGGACUCAUAGAUCCACCUCGAGCAGAGGUGCGCAGGGCGAUCGAACGAGUGCGGGCAGCAGGAGUGCGGGUGAUGAUGGUGACCGGUGACCACCCGGCAACUGCGCGCGCUAUAGCCCUGGAAGUCGGCAUCGCUACAAACCCAAAGUGUUUUGUCGUAACCGGCAAUGAACUUAGAAAACUGACUCCUGAUUUAUUAACUUGGACACUUCAAAAACACCAUGAAAUUGUGUUUGCAAGAACUUCGCCUACACAAAAACUUCAGAUAGUGGAAGCUUGUCAGCGUCAGGGUCAAGUGGUUGCAGUUACCGGAGAUGGAGUGAAUGAUGCCCCCGCACUCCGACGAGCGGAUAUUGGUAUUUCUAUGGGGAUUACUGGAUCACAGGUUUCAAAACAUACAGCAGACUUAAUUUUAAUGGAUGACAAUUUUGCUACCAUCGUAACAGGCAUCGAAGAAGGAAGGAAAAUCUUUGACAACCUCAAGAAGUCGCUCUGCUACAUACUCAUAUCGAACGUACCGGAAAUUGGUCCAGUUUUAAUGUUUAUAUUGUUUUCAAUACCCCUUCCUUUAGGGGUGAUGACAAUUUUAUGCAUAGAUUUGGGUACCGAUAUGUGGCCAGCGGUAGCUCUUUCGUAUGAACACGCGGAAACUGACGUCAUGGCACGUCCACCACGUUCACAAGACACUCUCAUAUCAGCACGAGCUUUAAGACUGGUUUACGGGCACUUAGGUCUCAUAGAAUUUGCAGCUGGAAUGUAUGCUUACUUUGUUGUAAUGGCCGAGCACGGAUUUUACCCUAGCGACUUGUUUGGAAUGAAGAAUAAGGUGUUAAAUAUGGGGCUGGUAGUUGAAUUGUUGAUAGCAUGUAUUGUCUGCUAUGCGCCUGGUUUCAGUACCUUCUUUAGAACUUAUCCGCUGCGCCUGCAUUGGUACGCAUAUUUUCUUAUAUUAGAUCAGCAACUCGCUCCAGCUUCAGCUUAA